GAAGUGGAAGUUAUGUCGGGUUUAGUCCUGCACCUUCUAGCGGUGAGGAAAGAAUUUUCUUCACUGCUUCCUUCGGCAUGAGACAAAGAGGGAAGCGUCUCAUGGAAUACAAAAGGGGGUCUGAUGAGAGUUAGCGGGGAUGCUUUCGACUUGGAUGGACCUGUGUGGAUCGUUGUUUCCUAGGUUAGACCGACGGAGAGGGUUGUCGACAUCCUGUUUAAUUCUGAGAUGUCACAGUGGAGAACAAAUGCACUCCUUCAGAUGGGCACAUUCUCAAUUUGGAUAAUCUUUUUUUGUUGUAUGCCAGCAUGCAUGUAUGCACAGAACACAUGUCCUGAAAUCAUGCAACAUCUUUUGAAAGAUGGUUUCCACAGAGAACUCCUGAUUAGGGUAAACCUUGGUACAGCUGAUGAAGCCAUAGGAAGUUGCAUGGUGGCAAUUAAAGUACACCUUCCAAAAGGAUUGUAUGUGGAUCCCUAUGAACUGACAUCUUUACAAAAGCACAAUGCCACUGAGGUGCUGAUGCUUGUAGAUAAUAUAGAUUUGGAAGUUCCUGAGUACUUAGCUACUGAACUUUCCAUCCUCAUUUAUAUGAGACCUGAAUCUGAAUGUAUUUCAUGUUUUAGAGCAUCAUUACCUCUGCAUAGCCGUUAUCACCGACCAGCAGAAAGUGAUGAAAGCAUCUCUGUUGUAUUGAAGAGUCCAGAAAUAUUGCUGCUUUGCCCAAAAUACUUCACUCCAGUGGAAUGUUUGAAAGAAACUAAAAUAGAAGCUCCAUGUUCCUUGACGAAUAGACAUACAUGCCACUGGGAUAGUGUGGAGUUCAAAGCCGUAAACAAGAAACUGAAACUGCAGAUACCAGUUGGCCUCAAACAUCAUCUUUCAUUGGUAUGCAUGGUGACACUUGUUAGCACAAUAUUGUGUUCCAGUUUUAUCCUUUCAGCUUUAUGCAAGCAUGGACAUUUCUCCUUUGUUCAAAGCACACUGUGAAACUAAGAAAGAAUGGUCAGACUGUUUAACUACAUGAGGCAAAUCAGAGAUAGAAACAGAAAAACAGGCUUAUGAUUGGCUUAGCAUCAUAGAAUGGAAGGAGGCCUAAUGUCUCUUAUUUAACUUUUUGGUUUUACAUAUGCUUGGAAUAUAGCUUCUCUGUCAUUUUUCCUUCAAGACUGUAUACAUGUUUUCUGACUAGGUUGAUAAGAGUUUAAAUGCCUGACAGCCAAAUUGUCAUGCCAUCUAAUUAUGUUAAAGCUAAAUCUAUAGUGAAAUUAUUAACAGGAAUGGGAGAUUUUUUUAAUCAUUGGAAAGAUAACCCAAUUCUUAUUCUAGAAAUGUUCAAUGAUAAAAAUGGGACAAAAAGACAAAAUUAAAUUCUGAGUGGCAAUACCAUUUUUGAAGAAAGCUUUAAGUUUUUGUAUUGGAUAACCAUGACACUUAGAGGAAAUAAUAGAAUGGGUACAAUUUUUUCCAAGUACUGAGAAAACAGUGGGUGUAAAUCAUAGUGAUGAAAAUACAAGGAAACACAUAGAGGAAAUUGCUUCAUUAAUGGAAAAAGUGAGCUGCUCCAAAGGUUCUUAAUUUUUCUAGUCUCAGUAAGCCUUGCAUAUCACUAGGGGGCAUUAAGUGGCAACUAGUAUGUGAACAGUUCAGAGGGAAGGAUGUGCCAUCCCUCAUUCAUAGAUAAUAUUCAAUAUUAAUAAAUUCUGUAUGAAAUAAAAGCAGAACAUCUGAAAUUCUUUUUCUGUAAUGUAUUACCUCUGUAUAUGGCCAGUAUGCAUAUAUUUUGGUCGUGUCUCCCCUGUCUCCCUUGUCUAUGAAUUACCUUGCCUAGUAUUCCUUUGGAUUCCCACCACUUUAUAAAAAGCUUGUUUUAUGUCAUCUUUUAGUACUGUCUGAUGGCUUGCUUUAACACUAGUCUUUUGUUUCCUCUGACUGAUGAUAGCCGAGCCAAUACUUCAGUGGCCUCUAUAUGAAAAGUGUUCUGCAUCUGUCUGCGGGGGGAAGGGAGCCAUUAAAGAAACAACUGCAGAUGGGUUAUUUUGGUAUGCCAUCACCCGUAUAUGAGCAGCUAGAGCAUGUAGUGAGAAGUCACCUGUGGGCCUUGGUUGUUUAUCUUAUCCUUGGUUUCCUUUGAUUUAGUAAUUAGUGUCAUUUUGAACCAAUUUUGUAUUUUUAUAUUUGCACCUACUGAACUGAAUUAGAAACAAUGUAAUUGUGUCUGGAUGUUUCAUGUUUAGAUGUUUCCCUUUAAAGUAAAGUUACAUUAAAGGCAAUACAUAGGAA